AUGGUGGAGGUGAAUGAAAUAAGGGAUGUGAGGGAGACGACAUUGGUUUCAGCAAGGAAUGUAGAGGCAGAGUUGACAGUAGUGGAUGGCGACGUACCUGAACAGCCAUCAUUUACAGCUGGAUUGGAUAGGAAGAGGGCUAGGGCCAGGGGAAGGGACUCGAACAGGUCAGACGCUUUGAAGAGUCUUCCAGUGAUGUUGAGGGAGUUCAGUUACAGGGAGCUAAAGAAAGCUACCAACAACUUUGACUUGAAGCACACUUUGGGUCAAGGUGGAUCUGUGGUUUACAGAGGAUUGCUGUUGAAGGAAAAUCUUGAAGUGGCAGUGAAGAAGUGCUCCAGGCUAGAGAUCAAGGGUAAAGAGGAUUUCUUGGCUGACCUCACCAUUAUUUACCGGCUGCGCCACAAACAUAUUGUCCCAUUGCUCGGUUGGUGUCGGCAAAAGAAGAUGCUACUCAUAGUCCACGAGUUCAUGCCAAAUGGCAGCUUAGACAACCACCUAUUCUCUGGACCGGAAAAUACAACCCUAGGAUGGAACCAGAGGUACAAGAUCAUAUCUGGAGUGGCUUCAGUCCUACAUUACCUCCAGGAGUUCCGUUGCAAAGUAGUCCACAGAAAUAUCGCGGCCAGCCACAUAAUGCUCGAUUCCCACUUCAACGCUCGCCUUGGCAACUUCGGCCUGAGAAGCGCAGAACCCGAAGGUGUGUCGGGCACAAUGGGAUACAUUGCCCCCGAGUGCUUCCACACUGGAGAGAUGACCUGCGAGUCUGACGUGUACGGCUUCGGGGCGGUGGUUCUAGGAGUUGUUUGCGGUCAACGACCGUACACCAAAAUCGGAGGGUUUCAGUUUUUGGUUGAUUGGGUGUGGUCGUUGCAUAGAGAAGGACGUGUGCUUGAGGCCGUGGAUGAGAGGCUUGGAAAUGAGUAUGAUGUUGAAGAAGCACAAAGACUUCUGCUUCUUGGGCUGGCCUGCUCUCAUCCCAUUGCUUACGAGAGGCCUAAGAGCCAGACCAUAGUCCAGGUUGUUUCCGGGUCUAUUCCAGCGCCCAAAGUCUCGCCUUUUAAACCAGCUUUCGUGUGGCCGCCCUUGCCAGAAGGAUCGGCAGCAUUGCCAAUCGACACUGGUAACACUUGAUAUACCACAAUGUCUUGGCCUCUUGGCCAGAGUGCAAGCUUCCUGGACUGGUAUGGAAGAGCGGAAGAUUUGUGAGUCUUGUGACAGCGCUUCUCUGGUUUAUGAUUCUUUUGACAUCAUCUAUGAUCUGUCACAAGUUUAUCAGUCCUGUGUUUCAUCUUGUUUGUUUUUCGAUUGAGAUAUUGUGGCAUUUGUUAUAGUAUAAAUGUGUUGUAA